UUAUCAUUUUGUUUUGAAAAGUCUUGCGGAUAACAAUUAAUCAAGUAUCCUAUUUUCAGUCUCUUUCUGUGUGAGUCAUCCACAUCGAUGUUCAGUGUCCACUAUGUCGAUGUUCGGUGUCCACUCUUCCACAUAUGACUUUGCUGGCUGAGAAGAAUCUGCUAGCUAAGUAUUGAUUUGACCAUUUAUGGCUAGUUCAGAUUUGAGCAAAACUCAACACGACUCUGCUGACCAACAGUCCUGAUCUAUAAAGCAUUCAUGCUAAGCAUGAAGAAGAGUUAGCAUGUACAGAGUAUGAUACAGAGUAUCAGAUGAUUUACUCUAGCCAACAAAAACAAGUGAAUGACAAUCGAAUAGAAUAAUCAUAAAUGCUAUAGAUACUGUUUAUAAUUUUGCAAUUUGUCAAUGAUAACUUCUAUUAUCUAUAAGCAUGAAUCAAACAUAAGAUAUUUCUAGUGUAGACUAUGAACAAUGAUUACGUUCUAAAUCCAGCCCAAAUUUCAGAUGAUCACAUUCAGUGCAGAACUACGUGAAGAAAUAGUCAAUUGAAAGAUUCAUGGUGAAAUACAGCAUCAAAUUACAAGGCAGGCACUCAGCCAUUUAAACUUAUCACUACUUCCUCUUGUUUUGAUAUUUUUCAGUUGAAGCAUAGAGAGCCAGAAAAGCUACCCCUCUAAGGGCGUAGAGACUUGACAAGUUUAAUUUUGUUUGCUUUUGUGGAUUGAUCUUGUUGCUUCUAAAAUGACAAGUGUUCUGGCAGCAUCAUACGUUGUACCAAUAGAAUGUCUCAAGCUUCUAUGGGAUCCCAUGACUCGCCAUCUUGUAUAUAUUUUUCAUUUCCGUCGGAAAUUAAGGGAACUCGAGAGGAACAAACGGAUACAUGCCUCUGUUAUGGCUCAUGUUUCAACGGAGGUAGGAAAUGCUGAGAUCAGAGGAUGCAUUUGCACAGAUGAGGUUAUCGAUUGGCUACGUGACGCUGAUACAGCUGUAGCUGAAGCUGAAGACAUUUGUUCAAAUGCUGGAAGCAUGAUGCAAAAUAGUUCAUGCUUCCGCUUCAAGAUCAUGAUGCGGUACAAGCUGGGGAAACAAAUUCUGAGAGCAAGUAAAUUUUCUUUCGAUGUUCGCCUAAGGAAACCGGAGAAUUUGUUUGUUCCUCCUCCACCAGUUGCGGUGCUACCUUAUCCUACGUCACUAAUAAAAAACAACACAUCCUCUUCUCGUGCAUUAGCCAAGUUGUGGGACUUCCUACAGGAUGAUAGCAUCGGAAAGAUUGGAGUUUGGAGCAUGGGGGGAGUUGGAAAAACUAGACUCAUGAGAAAUCUCAACAAUGAAUUCCAAGGAACUAAGCGUUUUGAUGUUGUCAUAUUUAUAACUGUUUCAAAGAACUGGAAUAAAGACAUGCAAAAAUUGCGUACUGAUAUUGGGAAGGAGUUGUACAUGGAACUGGAGAAGGAAAAUGAAGCAAGGGCCUUGAGGCUAUUGUGUGAGAGGUUAAUGAAGAAAAAGUUCUUGCUAAUUUUAGAUGAUGUUUGGGACAAGAUCGAUUUGGAAAAUCUGGGAAUUCCUUCUCCUACCGAACACAAAGGGUGCAAAAUAGCUAUAACUACACGUCAAAGGGGGAUUUGUAAUGAGAUGGAGACUGAUGUGGAAAUUAUGGUGGAGAUUUUGCCCGAUAAAGAGUCAUGGGACUUGUUUUAUGAGAAAGCAGGUAAAAAUAUCCCCACAACCAUAGAGAAUGUUGCUCGUUCAGUGUGCAGAGAAUGUAGUGGUUUGCCACUUGCAAUCAUCACUGUGGGAAGUGCUUUGAGAAACGAAGUCCACUUGGACCAAUGGAAGCGAGCUCUAAGGUUGCUUCAGAAAUCAAACUUUCGUUUUGAAAACAUGAAGGAUCGUGUUUUCGUACCACUGAAAUUCAGCUAUGAUAUGCUAAGAGAUGGCCAACUCAAAAAAUGUUUUCUUUUUGUCGCGCUAUUCCCUGAGGACCAUGACAUUGCAGACCAAGACCUGAUAGAGUACUGGGUAAUGGAAGGGUACAUAGAAGGUGCUGAAAGCUUGGGAGAUGCUUAUCAGGAUGCUCAUCGACUUUUGAUAUUACUGAUCGACUCAUGUCUGCUAGAAAGGAGUAGAAAGAAAGACAUGGUGAAGAUGCAUGAUGUCAUUAGAGACAUGGCUAUAAAAAUUACUUCUGAUAGUACCGAAGAAGGUAAAAGGUUUUGGGUAAAAGCUGGAAUGCGACUGGAGGAACUUGUCGAAACUGAGGAUUUGAAGGAUAAGGAUAAGAUUUCAUUGAUGGAAAAUAACAUACAAUUGAUUGGAGUUGAUUUAUAUUGCCCAAAUGCCUCCACUUUGUUGGUUAAAGGUAAUGUCAUGUUGUAUGAUAUACCAGAAAGAUUCUUUCAAUACAUGAAGCUACUUUCUGUUCUUGAUCUGUCAGCCACAAGUAUUGAGUUCCUUCCUGAAUCUAUUUCUGUGUUGGUCAACCUCAGUGCUCUCAUUCUCAAAGAAUGUGCCCGCUUAAAGAGAAUUGAUCGUGUUCAAUGUCUAAAGAAACUCAGGUUCCUUGAUAUGAGAGAAUCUGGAAUCAUUGAGCUGCCGGAGGGUAUGGUGCAUUUAACUGGAUUGGUUUAUUUUAAGAUAUCAUACACCUAUCGCCUUCAGAAAAUCCCUGCUGGACUGAUUGCUCAGUUCUCUCACCUGGAAGACCUUGAAAUGAACCAGAGUUUUUAUUUAGAAGGAUUGCAGAACCCACAGGAAAUCAUUAAGCAGUUCAAGCAUUUGAAAUGUUUGAACAAUCUCUCACUUGAUUUAGAGAAUGAUAAACUUUCCUCUCUCCUUGAAACACACUGUAAUUUGAAUAAUCUAGCAAGUUUUUAUCUUAGAGUGGGGUCUGUUAUGGCAACGUCAAAGACUGAAUAUGUUGCGAAAAAGGAGGGGCCAAGAAAACCGGAAAGAAGAGGAAGAUGUUUAGACAUCACCGGUGAUGCCGCUUGCAAAAGACUUGCAAAAUUUGCAAACAAGCUUUGCGUCUAUCAGAACAGAGAACUCCGCUCAAUAUCUCAACUUGGGCUGGACAACCUUGAAUGCGUUGAAGAAUGUUGGGUGUGGGAUUGCCAAGAGAUGUGGAGUAUAAUUAUUUCUGAGGAGCAAAAGGAUAAUACUUAUCCACACUUGCAGCUCUUGCACCUUGAACGCCUUCCUAAACUAUCGAUCAUCUUUUCUUACAAUGUUGCUGCUGCUCCUAGCUUCUUUAAUCUGCAAAAAAUAAUUUUGUGCGAGUGUAACAUGAUACCAUUUGUCUUCCAAGAAGAAAUGAUCGAUCAGCUUGGUUGUCUAGAAGAAUUGGAUGUCUCUAGCUGUCGGAUCCUAAAAAGGAUAAUCGAGGGAUAUUUCAAGAGAGACGGAAUGUGUCUGCCCAAAUUACGGUGUAUUUCCUUCUCACAAUUGGGAAAGUUAGAACAGCUAUGGUUCAGCGAUCUGUCAUUGCCUUCCCUUGUUGAUAUCAAAAUCCGUCGAUGCCCUAACUUAAGGCCACCACGGCUUACCAACGAGCUUGCACCAACUUUACUAGUUAUUGAGGCAGAGGAGCAAUGGUGGGAAUCUUUGCCAGAAGAUGAAAUAUUUAAGGUACGCUUUGCAUCUAUCUUUAAGCCAGCAACUAUGCCCCACACAAUCAUGAAGCCAGCAACUAUGCCCCACAGAAUCAUGAAGCCAGUAACUGGUAGCUUCACAGACAUCUUCCAAUCCGUCCACGCUAGUUCUUCCCACUAGGGAUAAAGAGAUGAGGACAAACGAAGUAUGAGACGGACGAUUUGGGAUAGAGGGCUUCAAUAGCAAAGAGGAAAGAGUUAUUUAUUUGUUUUUUUUUAAAAAGCCGGAACGAAUAUUUGGCACUGUUGAAGGAGAGCAUUUCUGCCAACGUGAGGCAGUGUGACCGUGUGAGUUGGUGUACAAGCAAUA